UAUUUUGUUGAGAAAUUUGUGUCUAAGUUCAUCGGAGGUAUUGGGCUCCCAUUUUCUGUUAUUGCAGUGUCCUUGCCUAGUUUUGGUACCAGGGGAGCGCUGGCCUCAUUACAAAAGGUUUUGGUUAUCCCCUUUUAUGCUAUGCUUUGAAAGAAUUUGAGAAAAGUUGUUAAUAAAUUUUUUCUUGAGCUGUUUGGUAGAACCCACCAAGGAAGCUGUCUGCUUCUGCACUUUUGUCAGUUGGGAUGUUUUAUUGCAAUUCAUUCAUCUUACUAGAAAUUGGUCUUUCCCGAUGUUCUGUUUUCUACCUUGCUCAUGUUCCUCUAGCCAGGUAGGGUGUAUGUUUACCUGUCUGUUUCUUCUAGCCUGACCAAUUUGGUAUCAUAUCAUUGUUCUUAGUAGUCUCUAAUGAUCUUUUGUUAAGUAAGUAAAUCUUAUGUUAAUGUUCUUACCACAAAACAGAAAAAGCAAGGAGGCAGAAAAGAAUCUUUUGGAGGUGAUAGAUAUAUUUGUUACCUUAAUGAUGGAAAGGGUAUUAUGGAGCAUGCGUAAGUCCAAACUCACCAAAAGGUAUACAUUAGGCAAGUGCAUUUUUGUGUAUUAAGAUACCUCAGUGAAGCUGAGGGAAAAGAAGAAACAUCAAAAUUUCAUGACUUAGUUUCCUCCUCAUAACACUUAUUAGUCUCCCACCUGAAAGUCUAGAAAAUGGGUUGUGAUGAGCAAUGGGGCAGGAAAAGUCCUAAGAGUCUUAUUCUCAUGCCAGCGAUACCCUGUUUCACAUUCAAAAAUUCUCCGCCCACCUGACCCACAAUGGAUGAGCCACUAAAACUAAAACGCAGCUUUAUCCUCCCAAGUCACCAAAAAGAAUGUGGCUUGUUAGAACUUUUAUUCAUUGCCCACAGGGAGUCGUGCUCUGCUGUGCAACACGAGACUGAGACAUACAUUGUCCAAAGGCAGAAAUCACGUGACAGCUCUCUCUGAGGAAGCUGAAGCAAGACAGACACGUAAGAGGUGAUUCAGAGAGAGCUGAACUGAUGAAUUCUAACACAUCAGGAAAAGGAAGCAAUGUUUUCCAUCCAUCUUGAAAAGGUUAACCAGGAAAACAAACUUAGCUAAUUUGAUAAUCGCUUGUUAAUUAGGACAAACAAUGACAAGGACAGAGCACUAGGUCUGAUGACAGCAGCCCCCCAGCAGGGUAUAAAAGGGGACCUGCACAAGCAGACUUCCAAACCUUCCAAACACACCUUCCUGGAAACUCACUCAGAACCUCCACUCUCAGACACCAUGGUCAACUCCUGUUGUGGAUCCGUCUGCUCUGACCAGGGCUGUGGCCAGGAGACCUGCUGCCGCCCCAGCUGCUGCCAGACCACCUGUUGCCGCCCCACCUGCUGUGUGCCUACCUGUUGCAUCUCUAGCUGCUGCCGCCCCACCUGCUGUGGCUCCAGCUGCUGCCGCCCCUCUUGCUGUGGCUCCAGCUGCUGUGGCUCCAGCUGCUGCCGCCCCACCUGCUGUGUGUCCAGCUGCUGCCGCCCCUCUUGCUGUGGCUCCAGCUGCUGUGGCUCCAGCUGCUGCAGGCCUGCCUGUUGCAUCUCUAGCUGCUGCCGCCCCAGCUGCUGCCAGACUCCCUGCUGCCGCCCCAGCUGCUGUGUGUCUAGCUGCUGCCGCCCCUCUUGCUGUGGCUCCAGCUGCUGCAGGCCCACCUGCUGCAUCUCUAGCUGCUGCCGGCCCAGCUGCUGCCAGACCACCUGUUGCCGCCCAGUCUGUUCUAGUGGUUCCUGCUGCUGAUUGCCCUGACCUCUGCCCACCUGAUUUUCAUCAGCCAAUCUUCUUAAUGUUGUCCAACUGAAAUGAGUCAUCAGAGGCCAAUUGAAAAACCUCAGUUCCAACUGAUUCUUCUACUGCCUUUGGCCUCCAGAUAUGCUACCCCACCACUACCAUAUUACUGUCUCCUAAAAGAACACAAAGUUUGAAUUUUCUCUUGAAAGCUUUCGACCAACAAGUCAUCCCAAUUGAUAUAUUUCUUCCUUGCCAGAUUUUUCUCAGGUGGAGAUGUCCCUAAGUCUUAAAUAAAUCUUAAUUUUCCAAGCAUACAAAGCAACAGCCUCGUGUUUCAUGAUUUCCUCUUGACUCGUCAUCUUCAGCUGUCCGUUGUUCUGCCAUUUUUCUCUGCAGAGAGCACACUAUAGCAGGCGUUUGCAGGGUUUCUGCCUCUGCUCUGGGGGCAAUCUUAUUCUAAUUUAGGAAAAUGGUUUCUUAGAGCAAACACUCUGGUCCCUCUACCUGUGGACUUUCUCUGGAUGUGGAGCAAGCCUCGGGCUGGCCAGAGUCAGGAGUUAAUGUCUGUAGGACCAGUGCUCUCAACCAGUGCAUGGGCGGGGCAAAUCAAUGCUCUAGCUUCUUUCCCCUCCAAUGGGAACAAGUUGAGCCAGUCUCCAAAGGGCCUCAGUUGAAUAAACCCCAGCUGCCGACAGCAGGUGGGACUGCCUACAGGAGUAAUCGCCUCAUUAAAUCGCUCUAUAUUGGCUUCUCUGUCCCUUCCCCAGAUCACUUCCCAGGUUCCUUACAGUGCCUUUUAGGAUUAUCUUCCAAAUAAACUCCUAGAUUUCAAGCCCCAGUUUUGCAGUCUGUUUCUGAGGGCACCCAAUCUAAGACACCAGUGUUCCAAUCUCGUUACCAGUGCCCUUGAAAACAGAUCUUAGUGUAUUACGAAUGGUUGCCAACUGUCAGUGUCAACUCAGACCCAGUAACCAAGAACAUCCAAUAAGGGUGUUCCUGUUUCUUCUUUAGAAACAGCUGUGAAUUCCUUUGGGAAAACUGGAGAGAUCACUCAUACAUGCACCUGCUGUGGUCCUUUGUUUUGCAGGACUGGCCUCUUUUUCAAUGGGUCAGUGGGUGGUAGGUGUGGAAACUGGGUGAAGGAUUAUGAUUUUCCAUUGGGAUCACUGGCCUCAUCCUAUGGGUCACACAUCACUUUGCCCCAGUUGUCAUUCCAAAAUUGCUGCCCAUCACAUAUUUAUACCCACAAUAUUUCUUACAGGUAAUGCUGCCACCUGGCCUCUGCUACUCAAGGAUGUUAUCAUCCCUGUAGCUCCUUGGGAGCUCAGUUCUAUGACAAUAUUUCGUACCACAGGCUCCAACUCUAGACAAUGGACUACCAUAUUGCUUAAUGAUGCUGCCGACCUCCUUACCUGUUCAUUCCUUAUUCCCUGAUUAUAGAUGUACUGUACCCCCAGAGUCCUCCUAGGGUGCUUACUCAACUUGUUGGGUUUCCUGGCCUUACAACUAGAUCUAUUCUAGCGUCUUAACUGCUGUGCACCCUUUGCUCUUUUCAUCCUCAUCUCUGUGUUGCGUGGCACUAGAUAAAUCUGUGCUAGUUAUCUCUCAUUAUGUAAUAUUGCCUCAGAUUUUAGCAGCUUAAAAUGAUGCUUGUUUACUCUCUCACAGCUUUGGUGGAUCAGGAAUCCAAGUACAGCUCAGCUGGGGCCUCUAUUUUGUAAUGAUUCAUCGGGCUGCAACCAAGGUCUAGAGUUUAUCUGGAGAAGAACCCACCUCCAGGUUCACUUACGUAGCUGUUGACAGGAUUCAAUUCCUCGAGGGCCAUUAGAGUGAGAGUCGCUGUCCCGUGCUGGUCAGGUGUUGGCAGCACAGCUCUCUCUCCCCCAGACAGCCGCCUGCUUCACCAGAACCCGUGAGGGAGAGGGAAAGUUGGCUGCGAGUUGAAAAGUCCCAACCUUUUGAAACUUAACCACUUGAUGUUGCCAUAUGCUGUUGGUUAGAAGUGAGUUAUUCAAGGGGAGGGAAUUACAUAAGACUGUGAACACCAUCUAAAGGCCAGCUAGAGGCUGCUGCCACACUCUUCCAUAAUAUCAAGUGAAAGAAUAGAAACACAUAAUA